AUGCAAAUGCAGUUGAUAUAACUUGUCUGAUUGUCUCUAUAUUUCACGAUUGGAUUCCAUGUCCACCGUACCUGGACUCAUACUCGUCAGGCGGAAUCGGAAUCCAUAAACCCUAACCACAAUUCAAAUCACCUAAUUCUAAUCCCGGCUUCUCUUUCCUGUAGCUAAUUUUGAUUGUGUAAUCGAACAAUUAUCAUGUAUAGAUCUGGUGCCGUUAUGGCCUGGAACGUCUUCAAGUUCUGUACGGCGCUGCGGGGGCUCGGCUCGAUCAUGAUCUUACUGGUUCUCGGCGUCGUCGGCGUCAGCUAUUACGCGGUCGUCAUCACCAAUUACGGCCCUGGACUCGCUGCCGGCGGCCUCGAUUCACUCAUCGCUUUCUUCGUCCUCGCGCUAUUCCAUUCUCUGUUGGUGAUGCUAUUAUGGAGUUACUUUUCAGUUGUCUUUACAGACCCAGGCACUGUGCCUCCGAAUUGGCGGCCAGCUGCAGAUGAAGAAAGGGGAGAUAAUGACCCAUUAACUGCUUCAGAAUUUCCAUCUGACACAGAGAAUAGUAGAGUUCGCUUUUGUAGAAAGUGCAACCAGUUGAAGCCACCUCGCUGCCAUCACUGCUCUGUUUGUGGGAGGUGUGUACUGAAGAUGGACCAUCAUUGUGUUUGGGUUGUCAAUUGUGUGGGGGCUUUAAACUACAAAAAUUUCCUUCUCUUCCUGUUCUACACGUUCCUUGAGACCAGCGUUGUGACUUUAUCAUUACUGCCACACUUCAUUCAAUUCUUUAGUGAUGGAGAGAUCCCUGGAACUCCUGGAACUCUUGCAACCACUUUUCUUGCAUUUGUCCUGAAUUUGGCAUUUGCGCUGAGUGUGAUGGGAUUCCUGAUUCUGCACAUAUCAUUGGUGUGUGCCAACACAACAACUAUUGAGGCUUAUGAGAAAAAGUCUUCUCCAAAAUGGCAUUAUGAUCUUGGGAGAAAAAGGAACUUUGAGCAGGUAUUUGGGAUGGAUAGGAAGUUCUGGUUUAUACCUGGCUAUUCAGAAGAAGAUCUGAGACGUAUGCCUGCUCUCCACGGCUUUGAAUAUCCUACGAAACCCGACCUAGGUGCCCAAGAAUUAUGAGAUUGAUGAUAGCGACAAACACUUGAUAGAUUAUCACAUCUUGUUUAAAAAUGCUGGUGCUGUGAGCUAGGAAUUCUGUUUUUUUUUCCAUAUAGAAUUUUUGUGGCGGCUGCCUUGUUCAGAGAUAUCAGCUGAGAAUGGUGCGGAAGGAAAGUUAAUGGGUGGGAGCUGUGAAAAUUAUAUGGUGCAUGUGUGUUAGAGAAGAAAGAGCUGUCUAUUCUAUGAUAGAAGAUGCUGACUAUUGUGAUGUGGCAGGCCAACCCAAAUUUGUUGUAACCCUUAAGCCUUGUUCUUUCCAAAUGUAGAUUAGUCUUACGAUUAUCUCUGUAUUAACAUCUAAUCCCUGUAUUAUAGUGAAAUUCCACUCUUUCAA